CUCUAUCUUACUUUAUUUGCAAGAGGAAAGCCUUUGAGGACCUGUGAGGAGUCUGGCAGUUUCUGAAAAAUCUUCAUGCUAAAGGAUAAUCCAGAAUUCCCCGAAGAAGAACACAGUGAAUGUUAAUCCAGAGGAGCUGUCGGAGGAUCGCGCUCACAGGGAGAUGAUUCCUCAUGAAGUCACUGGAUCCCUUGCAGAAAUCAAAUGUGACUUUCCGUUUAUCAGACUGAAAUCAGAGCCAGCCAGACAGUGAAGCAAGCACAGUGGAGGGGGGACGGCGAAAGAUGAAAUCCAACCAAGAGCGGAGCAAUGAAUGCCUGCCACCUAAGAAGCGAGAAAUCCCUGCCACCAGCCUGCCCUCAAUGCCAAACGAAAACCACCGUGCAGAUAACCUAGCAUGGCUCCCCAGCACACCUGGUGGCCAGGGCAGCCUGGGGGGCCGGCACCGGCCCGGGGGGACGUCAUCGGUGGAGGCAGGUUUGCAGCAGGGUUUGCACAAGUCACUGUCUGCAGGGCUGGACUAUUCCCCGCCGAGCGCGCCCAGGUCCGUUCCGGCCUCCACCACUCUUCCCACGGUGUACUCACCCGCCCUCUCCCAGUCAGGGACCCCCGUUUCCCCCGUGCAGUACACACACCUGCAACACACCUUCCAGUUCGUUGGGCCCCAGUACAGUGGAUCGUACACCGGAUUCAUCCCCUCACAGCUGAUUUCCCCAACAGCCAAUUCUGCGACCGGCGCCGUGGCGGCGGCCACGGCCGUUGCGACCACUCCAUCCCAGCGCUCCCAGCUGGAGGCAUAUUCCACUUUGCUGGCCAGCAUGAGUGGCUUAAACCAGCAGGGGCACAAAGUUGAGCCGCACAUGGUCAGGACGCCUGGACUGAUUGCUGCCGGGUCUCCUCCACCCACCCAGCAGAACCAGUACGUCCACAUUUCCAGCUCUUCCCAGAGCACUGUCAGAAAUGUCUCUCCUCCAACCAUCCCGGUCCCCCUGCACCCACAUCAGACAGUGAUCCCGCACACCCUCACCCUCGGCCCUUCCUCCCAAGUGGUGGUGCAGUACACUGACUCGGGGGGCCACUUCGUCACCAGGGAUCCCCCCAAGAAACCCGAGAGCAGCCGGCUGCAGGCGAUGCAAGCCAAGGAGGUACUGAACGGCGAGAUAGAGAAGAGCAGGAGGUACGGCAUCUCACCUUCUGCCGACAUGGGUCUAGUCAAAGCAGGCAAUAAACCAGCUCCCCAUCAUUAUGAGACCAGGGUCCUGGUAGUCCGCUCGAGGCCGGCUUAGUACGGCGUGCGGGAUUCCUCAGGUGUCCGAGCCUCCGUCAUGGUGGUCCCCAACAGCAGCACGCCCACGGCAGACAUGGAGGUGCAGCAGGCCACCAACCGUGAGGCCUCUCCUUCAACCCUCAAUGACAAGGGAAGCUUGCACUUAGGAAAGCCAACCCACCGGUCCUACGCCUUGUCUCCGCAGCAGGCUCUGGGCCACGAGGGGGUGAAGGCGGUGGCCACGCUGUCCCCUCACACCGUCAUUCAGACCACCCACAGCGCCUCCGAGCAACUCCCUGUCGGGCUGCCUCCCCGGGUGUCCCCGGGCACCCAGUCCCUGCUGAUCCCCGUCGGCGGUGGAGACGUCGAGCCGUCAGGAGUCACGCCUGCCAUCGUCACGUCGUCUCCUCAGUUUGCAGCAGUGCCUCACACGUUCGUCACCACCGCCGUCCCCAAGAGCGAGAACUUCAGCGCGGAGCCCCUCACCACCCAGCCUGCCUACCAGGCCACCAUGGUGCAGGCGCAGAUCCACCUGCCUGUGGUGCAGUCCAUUGCCUCCCCCGCUGCCGCACCUCCCACGCUGCCCCCUUACUUCAUGAAGGGGUCGAUCAUUCAGCUGGCCAACGGGGAGCUGAAGAAAGUAGAGGACUUGAAAACAGAAGACUUCAUACAGAGUGCGGAGAUUAGCAACGACCUGAAAAUAGACUCCAGCACUGUGGAGAGGAUUGAAGACAGCCAUAGCCCAGGCAUUGCCGUGAUACAGUUUGCGGUUGGGGAGCAUCGAGCACAGGUCAGCGUGGAAGUCUUGGUAGAAUACCCUUUUUUUGUAUUUGGACAAGGCUGGUCAUCCUGCUGCCCCGAGAGAACCAGCCAGCUCUUUGAUUUGCCAUGCUCCAAACUCUCAGUGGGGGACGUCUGCAUAUCGCUCACGCUCAAGAACCUGAAGAACGGCUCUAUUAAAAAGGGCCAGCCCAUGGACUCAGCUAGUAUCUUGCUGAAGCAUUCAAAGAAUGACAGUCUAGCUGGAAGUAGACACAGGUAUGCGGAGCAGGAAAACGGGAUUAAUCAGGGAAGCGCACAGAUGUUAGCUGAGAACGGUGAACUGAAGUUUCCGGACAAAAUAGGAUUGCCUGCAGCACCUUUGCUCACCAAAACAGAACCCAGCAAGCCCCCGGCAACGAGGAAGAGGAGGUGGUCAGCUCCCGAAACACGAAAACUAGAGAAAUCAGAAGAGGAGCCACCUUUGACUCUUCCUAAGCCUUCUUUUAUUCCUCAGGAGGUUAAGAUUUGCAUUGAAGGUCGAUCCAACGUAGGAAAGUAAAAGUUGUUUG